AAACUUUACACAUACAAACAAAACUAGUAUAUAUACUUCAUAUCGAGUCCAAAUAAUUAUUACCUUUUUAAUACUACCAAAAAGUAGAGUUUCGUUUUCACAUGGAGUAGUAUAUUCUUAUUUAUGAUGGAUAUUGUUUUAUCCUCUAAGAUGCUAUGUAGAUGGACAAUGAAUACAAAUACAGCCAUUGUUGAAAAGGCCAUAAAUGUUUGGAUGUACCAAAAUGCGAGCCUAAUAAAAUCGGUGGUUGAAUGUCAAUUAAAGAACCAUAAACCUAAUCCAUCUCUCUUCUCCUUUAUAUAUACGCACACAACUUAUCAAAGUUGUCCCAUCUAACAAAACUCUUGUACUUAAGCAUGGUGGUUAAUCAGAAGAUAUCCGGCCUUGCAUCCGCUAUGAACGCCAAAAUCAUCGGUUCAGGAGAGAGAUCGAUGGUCUUGGCACACGGUUUCGGAGGCGACCAGUCGGUUUGGGAUAAAAUAAUACCGGUCUUGUCCCAAUCCUUCAAAGUUUUGGUCUUUGACUGGCUUUUCUCUGGAGCCAUUAAAGAUCAAACUCUCUAUGACCCUUCAAAGUAUAACUCCUUAGACGUCUUCUCUGACGAUCUCAUUGCUCUUAUGGAGGAGUUGAAGUUUGGCCCUGUCGUGUUCGUAGGCCAUUCCAUGUCGGGGGUGAUCGGUUGUGCUGCUUCUAUUAAAAGGCCCGACUUGUUUACAAAUCUUCUCCUUAUUGCUGCUUCUCCAAGGUAUAUAAACAGUGAGGAUUACAAAGGAGGGUUUGAGUCAAAAGACAUUGACACGAUCAUUACCAGCAUUGGCUCCAACUACGAAGCUUGGGCGGUUGAUUUCUCCUCAUUCGUGGUCGACUCGAGAGACUCUCUCUCGGUCCAAAGGUUCGAGAAGUCCCUUAAGAAGAUGAAGCCCGAGACAGCUCUUGCCUUAGCUAAGAUAGUGUUUGGUAGCGACGAGAGAGAGAUUUUGGGACAAGUGUCAGUGCCUUGCCAUGUCAUACAACCAGGAAACGACGUCGUAGUGCCUGUCUCCGUCGCAUACUUCAUGCAGGAGAAGAUUAAGGGGAAAUCGACAGUGGAGAUCAUCGAGGACGCGAUCGGGCAUUUUCCACAGAUGACAUCACAUUUGGAGCUGCUUGGCGUCAUGAGGCGCCUCCUUGAGUUUUAAGGCUUAUAUAAGAGCUUUGCGUCGUUUGAUCGAGUUUCUUCUUGUCUAUAAUAUCGUAUUACUAAUAUAACGAAGUGGGUCUAUUAGAAUUUUUCAUAUAUGUUUGUGUAAUGUGAAUGUGUUAUUAUAUUCUUAGCACAAUGAUUUUCAUUUUUAGUGUUUUUUUUUUAAACAUAGGAUUGAAAGUAAUAUGUUAUAAGUUUCUUUAUAUCACACUGUCAAAUUUUUUAUUUCUUACGAUAAUUUUGUUGUUGUUGAAUAAAACAUUCCAAGAAAAAGACAAAUACAUAAUGAAAAA